AUGGUUGCAGCCCUCUCUAGUCGGAUCACAAUUCUCACUGCUGCCCACGAUGACGUUGCUCACAAGGGUUUCUAUGCCACAACUGCCUUGAUUGCCGAACACUUCUGGUGGCCGCACAUGAGGCAAGAUAUUUCCUGGUUUGUUUGGACCUGUCACCUUUGCCAGAUCCACCAGACUCGCAACAUCCUCAUUCCCCCAACUGCCGCUACACCUGCACCACUCUUUGCAGAGAUGUAUAUGGACACCAUGCACAUGCCAACCGCCGGCAGUUUCAAGUAUCUCAUGCAAGGUCACUGUUUGGUAUCACACUACCCUGAAUUCUGGAUGCUGCAACGUGAAACAAGCUCAGCUCUUGCCGGCUGGAUCUUCAAGAAUAUCCUGUGCCAAUGGGGAACACUAGUAGAGAUUGUCUCUGACAAUGGACUAGCAUUCGUCAAGGUGCUUGACCAGCUAGCAAAGAAGUACCAUGUUUGGCACAUUCACAUUUCAGGCUACAAUUCCUGUGCCAACGGUAUCGCCGAACGACCUCACUUUGACAUUCGGCAAGCUCUGUUCAAGGCCAUUGAUGGAGACCAGGCCAAGUGGAAUCGUGCAGCUCAUUUUGUAUUCUGGGCUGAUUGUAUUACUGUUCAGUGCCGAAUGGGUUGUUCACCAUACUUUGCAGCGACCGGAACCCAUCCCCUCCUUCCCCUCGACAUUGCCGAAGCCACCUAUCUUCUACCACCACCGACCACGGCCCUUAGCACCACCAUCCUCAUUGCUCAACAUGCCAUUGCUUUGCAGAAAUGCUGA